AUGGAUGAAGAAUAUAGUUCUCUCAUGCGUACUCACACUUGGGAUCUAGUUCCCUUGCCUCCAAACCGAACUCCUAUACAAUGCAGGGUUUGUGAUGGUGCUAUUACCUAUCUUCUCAUUUAUGUCGAUGACAUUAUAGUUACUGAUAUUUCAGACGCACAGAUUAAGCAAGUCAUUAUUGAUCUCAAUUUUCAUUUUGCUUUGAAGGAUAUUGGCUGCCUUCAUUACUUCCUAGGCUUGGAAGUGGUUCCUACCAAUGAUUGCGGCCUUCUCUUGAGCCAAACUAAGUAUGUUCAUGACAUACUAAAGAAAGCCAACAUGCUGGGUUCUCUUUAUCGCUCAAUAAUUGGGAGCCUUCAGUAUCUUACCAUUACCAGGCCAGAUCUCGCCUAUUGCAUCAACUGCGUCUGCCAAUUUAUGCAGAACCCUCUCGAGUUACAUUGGAAGCCAGCCGUAGAGCACAAUCUUACUAUCUACACUGACUCUGAUUGGGGGUCAGACCCUGAUAAUCGUAAAUCAACUAAUGGUUAUUGUGUUUUCUUAGGACCAAAUCUGAUUUCUUGGGCCUCGCGUAAGCAGCAUGCUAUCUCUCGCUCUAGUACUGAAGCCGAGUACAGAAGCAUUGCUGAUGCUGUGGCUGAAGCUAUAUUCAUUCAUAACCUCCUCUCAGCUAUUCAUAUGCCAAUUACAACACCUCUAAUUGUGUACUGUGACAAUCUUAGUUCUAUCAGAAAUAUCAAUUAG